AUGCACUGUUGCCUUCAUUCAAAUAUUACUGGCACUCACAAAGCGAUUCUGUUCACCUCAUCUUCAGCUUCUUCUCGGGAACGUUUUGUAGGUUGUAAAAUUUCCGAGCGUACAGAUGAACAAGCUACUGAGGCCGCUGUCCCCGUUCUUGGCGCACCUCGUUUAUUGCAAGCAAUCGCCCAGGACAAUGUGGUUCCAUUCCUUCACCCGUUCAAAGUUACCACCAAACGCGGUGAACCAUUCAGGGCACAGAUUUUGAGUUACAGCAUCUCCCAAGUGGGUAUCCUUAUCGCUUCGAUUGAUUCACUCACUCCUCUGGUCACCAUGUUCUUCCUCAUGUGCUACGGAUUUGUCAAUUUGGCCACCAUGCUGAACGGUUUUCUGCGCGAACCGAGCUGGCGACCACGAUUCCGCUUCACGCAUUGGUAA